AGAUCCCUCUCUCUGUCUCUCUCUCUCCAUCUCUCUCUGUGUGCUGGCUGUGGCUCCAUCUCUGCUCCCUUCCUCUGCAGCUGCGAUGCGCUUGAUCCAGAGCAUGGGCACCAUCGCAGAGGACCCCAGCCAAGGAGCAGGAGAAGGAGGAGGAGGAGGGCGAGCCAGGCUCAUCAAGAUCGCAGUCGUCGGGGCCAGCGGGGUCGGGAAGACCGCCCUGGUGGUGCGAUUUCUCACAAAACGAUUCAUUGGGGACUAUGAGCGCAAUGCAGGCAAUUUGUACAGCAGGCAGAUUGAAAUUGAUGGAGAGCUGUUUGCAAUUCAAGUCCAAGACACUCCUGGAGUCCAGGUCCAUGGACACAGCCUGGAGUGUAAUGAGCAGCUGAACCGAUGCAUUCGCUGGGCAGAUGCAAUUGUGAUCGUUUUUUCAAUCACAGACUAUAAGAGUUAUGAGCUACUCAGUCACUUCCACCAGCACAUACGACACUUGCAUCCAGGAAACAGAGUGCCUGUGGUGGUUGUAGCCAACAAAGCAGACCUCCUCCAUAUUAAAGAGGUGGAACCCCAACAUGGACUUCAGCUGGCUAGCAUGCUGGGCUGUACUUUCUAUGAAGUGUCUGUUAGUGAGAACUAUAAAGAAGUCUUCAAUGCAUUUCAUAGCCUGUGCAAAGAUGUCUGUAAGCAACAAACCACCAGCACACCAGAGAAGAGGAGAAGCUCCCUCAUUCCAAGACCAAAGUCACCCAACAUGCAGGAUCUGAAGAGAAGGUUUAAGCAAGCCUUAUCUGCCAAAGUGAGGACUGUUACCUCUGUCUGACAGCUCAAAUUACAUGGGAGGGGUUUUUCUUUCCCAGGACAUAAUCAUAGAGUUUCAGCUCUGGAACAUUAAUUGCUGGCAUUACUACAUACGAAGAAGGGCAAGAGAGAGCAAAGAGGGUUCAGAUGUUGUUUGAACAGCUGUGGACAUAAAACAUUGUGUAGCGGAGGAACGACAUUGAAGUUUGAGCAAUGUCUUAAAGAAGCAGUUGACGGUGUGCGUUCAUGCUGAACAUUGAAUGUUGACUGAACAAACUGACAAUACUUUCAUGUUCUGUAGUGGGGCUUGCACCAUGUUGAUAUCUAUACUAUCCUGUCACUUCAACUGCAGUGGAGGACAGGACAGUAUUCUGAAUGGUACCUUUCUAAUGGGGAGCCACUUGUGUUUACAUCUGUUACAAAUAUUUUUGGUGUUGAAUGAAGGUUAGUUUCUUUUGUAGUGCUCUUUGCAGCCUUAAAUCACCUGUGGCUUAGAGGCAGUUCUCUCACUGAUUCAGCAUAACAAAGCCCAUGUGUAAAAACUACUGAGCAUUACUAAGUGACUGUACUUUUGACCAUAUAAUGAGGCAUUUUAUACCAAAAAAAAAAAAAGAGCCAGUUUGGUGUAAAUUUUUACACUUGACAUUUACUCUCACAGUCUAAGACACUAGUGUCUUAAUCAGGCUUCAAAGACAGGUCAUCUGCUGUCAUGCUGAAUUUACUUCCAGGUUCAUCUUCAAAUGUUGUUGUUGUAGUAUUGAUUACAAUUACUGUAAGAUGCCACUGAAGCACUCUGGCCAUAGAUACAACUUCCGUUACUUUCAAUCUAGUACAAUUUCAUUUUCUUUUUUUCUUUUGCUGUUGUCUGUGAAGCUGUUUUUUCUUGGUUGAGCCAUAUCUUCAGCUAGUGCAUGAGGAACAUUCCACUGAUGCAUAAGUCUGUCACUAACAGUUAUGUUAGUUGUAUAAAAGCUGAAUCAUCAGGCUUGUCACAUAGAGCCAGCAGGAUUUGGGUUGAGGGCUACAAGCCUGACCGCUAUUCCCCCAGUGCACUUUACAAAAGAGAAAAAGAACACCAUGCUCUUUCUUUAACCUGUAACUUAUUUUUUUUUACUGAUAGCAACUUACACAGAACACAACUUUUACAUUAUGUUUCAUAAUUAAACAAUGUUUUCUCAUA